AUGGACGCCGGAAACAUCAUGUUUUUCCUCCUCACUUUUUGCCUCCUUUCUUCUCCGGCGACAUUGGUUUCCGCAGCCAAACAUCCUUAUGUAGUCUACAUGGGAGCACAUUCACAUCGAGAAUAUAAUGACAUGAACAACAAUAUUGAUCUAGAUACUCUAGUUAAGAGUUCUCAUAUGCAAUUUCUUUCACCUUAUCUCUUGAGCCAAGAGAGUGCUAGCGAUGUGAUUAUUCAUUCCUACACGAAAAACAUCAACGGGUUCACUGCCAUGCUCGACGAAGACCAAGCGAAAGAAAUUGCGAAAAAUCCGAAAGUUGUGUCGGUUUUCUUAAACAAAGCUAAGAACUUGCACACAACACAUUCAUGGGAUUUCAUGCUUCUUGAAGAGGUUGAUAAGAAAUCUAGGGUUGCCAUUCGUCCUAAUGCUAUAUGGAAGAGCGCAGACUAUGGUGAAGAUAUUAUCGUCGCAAAUUUAGACACUGGUGUAUGGCCCGAGUCUAAGAGCUUCUCCGAUGAAGGCUAUACUUAUGGUCCGGUUCCAUCGCGUUGGAAAGGGUUUUGUGAGAACAAUACUAAAGACGCAGUUCCUUGCAAUAAGAAACUGAUCGGAGCAAAGUUCUACAAUGCAGUUUACAGAGCAGCGGGAGGCGAAGUGCCGCCGUCGACCAACUCCGCCCGCGAUUACGACGGUCACGGAUCCCACACUCUGUCCACCGCCGGCGGCAACUUCGUCGACAACGCAAACGUUUUCGGAGUUGGAAACGGCACCGCCAAGGGCGGAUCUCCAAGGGCUCGUGUCGCUUCCUAUAAGGUCUGCUGGACUCCUGUCAACAAUUCAGGUUCGUGUUAUGACGGUGACAUGAUUCAGGCCAUGGAUGCAGCCAUCAACGACGGCGUAGACGUGCUUUCGCUCUCCCUCGGUGGCGAUGCGGCCGAUUACUUGAGUGAUAGUAUCGCAAUCGGCGGUUUCCACGCUGUGAAGAAAGGGAUUGUAAUGGUUUUAUCUGCAGGUAACAGUGGACCGACUCCUUAUACUGUUGAGAACCUUGCCCCGUGGUUAAUCACCGUCGCGGCCAGCACCAUGGAUCGCGAAUUCCAAACCCUAGUUAAACUCGCCAAUGGAAAAAUCUACGUGGGGACCAGCUUAACUAAGCCUUUACCAAAACAGGGCAUGUAUCAGAUUAUUUCAGCCGAUGAUGCUGGUCUCGAAGGCGUCCCUUCUGUAGAUUCUUUGCUGUGUUUAAAUGGAACUUUAGAUCCAAUGAAGGUAAAGGGUAAAGUGUUGGCUUGUUUAAGAGGUGAGAAUUCUAGAGUAGAGAAAGGAUUAAUGGCUGCUCAAGCCGGCGCUGUCGGUAUGAUUCUCUGCAACGAUGAAACCACCGGCAAUGAGAUCAUCGCCGACCCUCAUGUUCUUCCUACUUCACAUGUUACCUAUAAAGACGGUUUGGCCAUUUUCGAAUACAUCAAGACAGACAAGAGACCAUCCGGAUAUAUAUCCGAAACCAAGCUAAAGUUUGACCAGAAACCCGCACCAUUCAUGGCUUCUUUCUCUUCCCAAGGUCCCAACAAAAUAACACCAGGAAUUCUCAAGCCCGACAUAACAGCACCUGGAGUGAACAUCAUAGCAGCAUACACAGGUUCAAAGAGUCCAACCGAAAGUGAACUUGACAAACGAAGAACACCAUUCAUAACCGAAUCAGGUACAUCCAUGUCAUGCCCACACGUUGCUGGAGUCGUGGGUCUGAUCAGGAAAAUCCAUCCUGACUGGAGCCCGGCCGCUAUAAAAUCAGCCAUCAUGACAACAGCAAGAACCAGAGACAACAGAGGAAAGCCAAUGGUCGACGGAAACUUCAAAAAAGCCACACCCUUUAACUACGGAGCCGGACAUAUGCGGCCAAACCGAGCAAUGGACCCGGGUUUGGUCUACGAUUCGAACAUCAUCGAUCACAUGAACUUCCUUUGCGCAAUUGGGUACAACUCAACCGUGAUCAGUUACUUCUCCGGAAUUCCUCACAUAUGUCCUAAGGAUGCGAGUCUUCUCAACUAUAACUACCCGUCAAUAACCGUGGAUGAUUUAUCGAAUCCGGUUGUUGUAACUCGAACUCUUAAGAAUGUGGGCAAACCCGGAACCUAUGUUGCCCGUAUUCGUUCUCCGCCAGGAACUAUAGUGACGGUUCAGCCGGCGGCUCUAACGUUUUCGAAGAUUGGACAGGAAAAGAGUUAUAUUUUGAAAAUGAAGAAAAAAGAUAAUGUGAGAAUGACGAUGGAUUAUGUAUUUGGAGAGGUUUCGUGGUCUGAUAAAGAACACUACGUUAGGAGUCCUAUUACCGUUGGAUUUGGGUCUCUGUCGCCAUCAUCAAUUCACCACGAUGCUGCUGCUCUUGCUAAUUCAAGAACCGGGAUCUAA